AAUUCUCCAUCACCCUCUUAUAAAUAGACGGCUGACAGAGAUCAUCCAUUUGUGGCUCCUAACCGAACUGAUGAUACAGAGAAGGAAGACUUCCACACUCAGUGUCACAUGAUUUAAAAAAAUUCCCCAUCACCCCCUUAUAAAUAGACGGCUGACAGAGAUCAUCCAUUUGUGGCUCCUAACCGAACUGAUGAUACAGAGAAGGAAGACUUCCACACUCAGUGUCACAUGAUUUAAAAAUAAGUCCACAUCACCCCCUUAUAAAUAGACGGCUGACAGAGAUCAUCUAUUUGUGGCUCCUAACCGAAUUGAUGAUACAGAGAGGGAAGACUUCCAUACUCAGGGCAAACAAGGACUGAGGAGCAUCAGGAGUCAGUCUAGAUCAACACCUAUCAAAAAAAUGAAUAAUCUGUUUCACAAACUUCAUCUUGAAGUCAGGCAUCUCAAUAACAUGAGACCUGCAGAUAUUCUUCAGAUAACUGCACAUUCUUUAGAAACCAAUGAAUCUUGUACUGAAGAGGAGCUGAUUCAGACUUUCAUUCAAAAACUAUUGAUGAUGAACUACAGAGCAAGAUACAUUAAAACUAAAGAGACCAGUAAACAGGUUCAAACAAAACAAAGAGACUCGUUUGAAACAAGGAGUGAAAAUGUCCAUGAUAUUUUUGAAAGAAUGUCUUUGACAAACAAAGGAACAAGUCAAUCUGAGCAAAUACACCCGAUGGAUGUUCAGAUGGCCGUGUUUCAUUGUGCCGAUGGUUUACUGAAGCAGCUGAUGGUCACUAAACUGUCCCAGUGUCAGUACGCUCUGCCUUUGCUUGUUCCUGAUCCAUUCACACAACAGAUUGAGUUUCCUCUCUGGACAUUCAGACAAAUCAACAAGAGCUGGAAGAUCAGAAACACCAACAAUGAAACCAUCAGUCAAACCCAUCCAGUCUACAAGGCAGAAACGCCAAUGGUGUCUUUCUUCAGGUUUGGCUCUGUGUCUUCAUCCAAGUCUCAGCUGAUGAACAGUCUGAUCAAUGAGAAACACAACACGUUCUUCCACAGGAACUGCCCAGGCAGCAGCAGAACCAGAGUCCUGAUGGAUGGAGUGGUGGAGAUCGCCUGGUUCUGCCCCUCUGGGAAAAACAUGGAUAAAUUCACUGAGUGUGUUGCGUUCUGUAAUCUACACGGUGAUGCAGGAGACCAUGAGAAACAACUGCAGAUCCUCACUGAAAUGGCCUCAGUCAAUGUUGUUCUUCUAUCACAACUGGACAGGAAUGACAGACAUGCAGAAAUAAUCCAAAACUUGUACACUAACAGGAAGCCACUCAUAUGUCUUUUCACUAUGGAUGAAUCUACUGUAAUUGAGACAGACAGAGGAAAAUACAAGAUUGGUCUGAAAGACAGAAAUCAGUCUGAUGUAAUUGAAGAAAUCAGAAGAGCUAUAAAUGAUUGUCUCUCUGAAUCAUCUUUCACUUUCAGACUUGAAGAUGUGUCCAAACACUCAGAUAUCAGAGUAGAUGAGGAAGAUGAUGAUGACUGCAGGAGAGGAAGAGGAGCAGCACAGCAGAUGAUGAGUUUACUGGAGAAGAAAGAUCUGACAGAAAUCAAAGAAUCAGUUCUGCCUCAUCAGGGGAAACUGUGGCAUCAGUGGAGUCAGAAGAACAAAGAACUACAUCGACCUCGAGGAGAUGACAUAGAAAUGGACAUCAGUAAAAAACAAAUAGAUCUGAAGAAUCGUGAACAGCAGCAUGAAUCUGACAUCAGUGAGUUUAUGAAGCUGUUUAUUAGACAAAUAAACUCACAUAAUAAACAUGAAAAUAUGUUUUUCAUUAAAUGGCUCGGAAUCCUUCUGGAUGAACAUACUUCAGCUGAUCUUUCUGUUCUACAUAACAAAUAUGAUGAAACGUGGUCAAUAGUAUUAAAACUGAAAGAGAAACAUAAUAAAUCUGAACAACUCAAAGCUGAACAAACUGAACUUGAGAGAAUAUCUGAGGAACUUCAAGCUGCAACCUUUGGUUUGGAGCACAUCAUGAGGGAGAUCAGUCAGAUCUAUGAAUCAUGUUCAUCUGUGAAGAAGAACAAGAAAGAUCUGCAGUUUAACUUCUCUUCUCUCCCGAGUUUUGCAGCAGAGAUGAUGAUCUCUGGAUUUCCACUGGAGCUGAUGGAUGGAGAUGCUGCUCAUGUUCCUCUGAUCUGGAUCUCUGCUGUUCUAGAUGAACUCAUCCAGAAACUGGGAGACCAGAGAGUCUUUGUGCUGUCAGUUUUAGGGAUUCAGAGCUCUGGGAAAUCCACCAUGCUGAAUGCCAUGUUUGGACUCCAGUUUGCCGUCAGUGCUGGCAGGUGCACCAGAGGAGCUUUCAUGCAGCUGAUCAGAGUGUCAGAUGAGCUGAAAAUGCAAAUGAAUUCUGACUAUAUUCUGGUUGUUGAUACUGAGGGUCUUCGUGCUCUAGAACUGGCUGGAAGAUCAACCAGACAUCAUGACAAUGAAUUGGCCACAUUUGUUGUAGGUCUCGGACACCUGACAUUGAUCAACAUCUUUGGAGAAAACCCAUCCGAGAUGCAGGACAUUCUUCAGAUUGUUGUUCAGGCUUUCAUGAGGAUGAAGAAGGUCAGACUGAAUCCCAGCUGUGCGUUUGUGCAUCAGAAUGUUUCAGAUGUCACAGCUGGAGAGAAAAACAUGGAGGGAAGGAGACGACUUCAGGAGAAACUGGAUGAGAUGACAAAACUUGCUGCUAAAGAAGAAGUCUAUGACGCAGAAUGUUUCAGUGAUAUUAUUAGAUUUGAUGUUCAGAAUGAUGUGAAGUAUUUUGCUCAGCUCUGGGAGGGCAGCCCACCCAUGGCACCACCAAACCCAAACUAUUGUGAGAAUAUUCAAGACCUCAAGAAGAUUAUUAUUCAUCAUGCCUCAAAUUCACACGGAAUGAUGUUAACACACUUGAAAGAUCGUAUUAAAGAUCUCUGGGAGGCUUUACUGAAUGAACGAUUCGUCUUCAGCUUCAGAAAUUCUCUGGAGAUUUGCUACAGGAAACUGGAGACCGAAUACAGCAAGUGGUCCUGGAGUCUUCGCAGUUCCAUGAUGGAAACUGAGAACAAACUACACAACCAAAUAGAAAAUGAAGCAAUUCAUGAGGUUAAGGAAAUUGAUCUUCAAAGAGAACUGAAGAAGUCAUGUGAAAAAGUGAAAAAAUCGAUGACAGAAUUCUUUGAGAAAGACAGAGAUAAAGAUACACUGAUUCAGUGGAAAACAUCAUUUGAAAUCAAAAUCAAAGAGCUUCAGGAAAACAUUGUGAGAGAAACCAUGAGGAAAUUAAAUGAGGUUCUUCAGCAGCGGGACCUGAAGAAAAAGAUUGAUGAUCAGAGGACACUUCAUGAAAACACUCUCUAUGAAAAGAGCAAAGAACUUGCCUUAAAACUCAAUGACAAAGCAAUUGAUGAAGAAACACUGAAGAAAGAGUUUGAUUUGUUUUGGAAACAGUGGAUGAAAAUGAUCAUCAGAGACACUCCAGCAAUCAAAGACAUUGACAUAAUGAGAGAUGUGAGAGAUAUCCUCAGUGACAUCUAUGAAAGUGCUCCUGUAGACCACUGGAGCAAGAUCAGUGAGUACAACAAAAUGUUCACUGUGCCCAGUUAUUCAGAUUAUGUUAUUUUCAAAAAAUCCACAAAAGGAGGUAUAAAAGAUGUUAUAAAGGAUGCAUACAGAACAGUUAAAGAAACAUUUGGAAAUAUUCAAACUCUCUCUCCAGAAGAAGAAACCCAAAUAAGAUCAUUAGUCACAGAUAUUACUCUGCAGACAGGCAAAAUGAUCCAGUCAUUUAACAUUUCAAAGAUGGGCUACAACAUCAGCUACAUUCAACAACUCAUAAGUUACAUCAAGGCAAGAUUAAUAGAGCAUCAGGAAGGAGCAGUGAAAUAUGUGUUCAAGAAUGAAUUCUUCAUGGAUUUGGUUCUUUCCAUCUUUAAGGAAGAAAACAAGAUGAUCACUGACCAACACAUUCUGUUCAGAGAAGCCAACGAUCCUGUAAUAUAUGUAGAGAAGAAGAGAGAAGAGUACUAUAGUAUUUUCCAGAAAUACUGUCAUGGAGCAACGUCCUCUGCCAUUUUUGGUGAGAUCAUCUGUCAGAAACUGAAAGAAUCCAUUGAGCAGAGUGUCUACAAGAAGACUGCCAGAGAUUUGGCAGAUGAGAUGAGGUCAAACUGUAAAUCACUGAAUGGAAACAGAUCAAAUCUGGAGAAACACAUCCUGAAGACACUGGCUGAAGAGGCGGAUUUUGACAAAUACAUGAACUACAUUCACAAUCCCAAAGAACACUUCAAAAGUUUCAUCAGAGAUGAAGUCAGUCGGUACAUCACUGAUAAGUUCAGUGUCAGUGUUUUACCCAAGAUUAAGGAGAACAUUGAACUCCUGCAGCAGAAGAUCAUGAAAGCAGCACAUGAAUCUACUAAACAUGUUCAUGUGAACAGUGGAGAUGUUGGUUUGUGGUUGAGGAGUUUCACACAGAAGCUCUCAGAUGUGCUGAUCUUCUCUGAAAAAGACCUCAGUGGAGUGAAUCAUGAUGAUGUUGAUGAUUUAAAUCUCUUAGAAGAUGUUAUAAGACAAGAACUUCCUCCUAUAAUGUCUAAUAUCCAGAAACAGUUCAACACAGAGACAUUUCCAGUAAAUCUGGACUCUAAGUUCAGACCAGAUGAGCUUCUCAUUGAUCACUUCUGUCGGUGCUGUUGGGUUCAGUGUCCAUUCUGUGCAGCCAUCUGCACCAAUACUAUAGAAAACCAUGAUGGAGAUCACAAUGUUCUUUUCCACAGAGUGACUGGAGUUUCUGGGUGGUUUUUUAGGAGGACAACAAACUUGUGUACUAACAUCUGCACAUCAUCAGUAUCAAGCAGCACUGAAUAUUUUUAUCCCAAUUCCUCAGAUUUGACAGUGCUCUAUAGAGAAUACAGAAGAGCAGGAGGAGUUUAUGCAAAGUGGAGCGUCACCCCUGAUCUGUCUGAUCUGCCCUACUGGAAGUGGUUUGUGUGUCGAUUCCAGAAAGACCUGGAAAAAUACUACAGUAAAACAUUUGCCGGUUAUGGAAUUAUCCCUAAAGAAUGGAGAAGAUAUGUAAUAAAGGAAGCUAUUGAGACUUUGGAUAAAUACAUAUAAUUGAAUCUGUGAACUGAUCUCCACUCUAAGUUUAUAGAUGUUGGAACAAAUGUAACAAGUAAUAUCUUUUUGUUUGGAAAGUCUGAUAAGUCCUUUGGAUAAGCUUGCAUUUUUUUAUUUAGAUUUCUGCAUUCAAGUAUAUGAUAACAUUAGAAAUUAUAUUUUGUGUGUAGUCAAUAUUAACAGGAAAUGCUCUUGAUAUCUUGCUGUCUGGCAAUACUGUAUACAUUUAUUUUAGAGGGUUUGAUCCUUUGAAUUCUUUCUCUUUUAUUAUUUUAAUCAGUAAGCAGCUUGUUUGAUAAUCCUGCAUAUUAAAUAAAUGUAAAUCCAAUACAAA